UUUAGAACAGUGAUUCACUACAAUCAGAACAACAAUGUCUUGUUCAAUGUUUAUGAGGUAUGUUCCUGUUUCUCUUUUCAUUCCUAAGUUCAGUCCUUUCCAAUUUCCAAACCCUACUUUUCUUCAUUCUUUUAUCUACUCAUCCUCAACUCAAUUUGAUGAUAUAGAUGCCAUUUCUUUGUUCAAUCACUUACUCCAUAAGAAUCCAACCCCACCCACCAUUGAAUUUGGAAGGAUUUUAGGUUCCAUUGUCAAGGCUAAGCAUUUCCACACUGCUAUUUCACUUACUCAACAAAUGGAAUUUAGGAAUAUUAAACCUGACUUUGUAACUUCCAACCUCUUGAUCAAUUGUUUCUGUCAAUUGGGUCAUAUCAAUUUUGCUUUUUCUGUAUUGACCCGGAUUCUCAAGAGGGGUUUUAACCCGAAUGCCAUAACUUUGAAUACACUCAUCAAGGGUCUUUGCCUCAAAGGUGAGAUCCAUAAAGCAUUGAACUUUCAUGACAACGUGGUAGCACAGGGAUUUCAGUUGAAUCAAGUUAGUUACGGGACCUUAAUCAAUGGGUUAUGUAAAGUAGGAGAAACAAGUGCAGCCUUGCAGUUGUUGAGACGAGUUGAUGGGAAACUGGUUCGACCUAAUGUGGUAAUGUACAAUGCAAUUAUUGACAGUAUGUGCAAAGAUAAACUUGUUGAUGAUGCUUUUGAUUUAUAUUCUGAAAUGGUCGCUAAGAGAAUUUAUCCUAAUGUUGUCACCUAUAGUACUUUAAUUAGUGGCAUUUGCAUUGUCGGUAAAUUGAAAGAAGCAAUUGAUUUGUUUAAUAAAAUGAUAUUGGAAAACAUCAACCCUAAUGUGUUUACCUUCAAUAUAUUGGUUGAUGCAUUUUGUAAGGAAGGAAAAGUGAAAGAAGCUAACAAUGUGUUUGCUAUGAUGAUGAGAAAAGGUGUUAAACCUGAUGUUAUUACUUAUAGCUCGUUAAUGGAUGGAUAUUGCUUAGUUAAAGAAAUGAACAAGGCCAACCGUACAUUCAACACCAUGGCACAAUGUGGAGUGACUCCAAAUGUUCACAGCUAUAGUAUUAUGAUUAAUGGAUUUUGUAAAGUUAAAAUGGUGGAUGAAGCCUUAAAUCUCUUCAAAGAAAUGCGUUGUAGAAACAUUAUUCCUAAUGUAGUAACUUACAAUUCCCUUAUUGAUGGUUUGGGCAAAUCAGGGAGAAUCUCACAUGCUUUGAAGCUUGUCGAUGAGAUGCAUGAUAGAGGUCAACCACCUGAUAUAGUUACCUACAAUUCUAUAUUUGAUGCUUUAUGCAAAAACCAUCAUGUUGAAAAGGCAAUUGCAUUAUUAACAAAAGUUAAGGACGAGGGCAUUCAACCAAAUAUGAACACAUAUACUAUUCUUAUUCACGGAUUGUGUAAAGUUGGAAGAGUAGAGGACGCGAGAAAUGUUUUUGAAGAUCUUUCAGUCAAAGGCUACAAUCUACAUGUUUAUACAUAUACUGUUAUGGUCCAAGGGUUUUGCGACAAGGGCUUGUUUGAUGAAGCGUUGGCCUUGCUAUCAAAAAUGAAAGACAAUAGUUGCAUUCCAGACGCUGUAACUUAUGAAAUAAUUAUCCAUUCUCUGUUUCGUAAAGGUGAAAAUGAUAAAGCAGAGAAAUUUCUACGUGAAAUGAUCGCAAGAGGUCUACUGUAAGAUUGAAACUAGGUCAUGAAUUUUUUACAGGGAACACAGCUUAUUGAUUAGCUCUUGAAUACUUGUAGGAAGCAUGAGUCUAGGAACACAGCUUAUUGAUUAGAUCUGGCUACAACAACUUUGAUAUCUUUUAUAUCAGGAAUUAGUAAUGUUGUAAAAGAGAAACUUUUGGCUACUCUGGAAAGUGAAUUGGAACUGGGGGUUUAAGUGAAACUUCGACUUUGUGUUUUCGACCUUUUGCAUGGUAACUGACUAACUGUAUUGAUCACUUGUCCUUUAUAUGAAUUAGUUUACUGACCCAAAGUUAUAUGGUGUUUUGGUUAACUGUGUGAAUUAAAAUCUUUGCAUUGUAUGUAGUUGUAAUAUCCCAUAAAUUUAGUAAAUGAGAAAUACUCAUGUAUUAGUAUAACCUUAUAUUAGGAUAGGAAUUUAACCAAGGAUAGAUUAGUAAACCCAUAAAAUUAGUAAGGGCAAAGUAAAAAUUUCUAGAAGUGUUAACUUAUUACCAAUUAAGUAACCUAAAUUGAGUUGUAAUGCACUAGUGGCAUAGAGGAAUUAGCUAGAAGCUUAAGAGUGAGAUGUAUUUAGUGAGAUAAGUGUAUAUAAAAAAUUAUUGUAUGAGUUUUGGAGAAGAAUAUAUAUAAAUAAAUAAAUAAACUAUAAAAUCUAAGGAUAAAACAAAGCUUUCUCUCUAGAAACAUACACACGUAAGUCUUCUUCUCUCCCUUUGCUAUGGCAUCGCCGAACAAAGAACAACACACAAUCUUAGGGCCAAAAUUUUUCACUGUGAUUCUCAUUUCUCAUAAGUAGUAGAAAAUUCUUAGAUUUGAAAAGUAAGGAUCAAUGUUUACAAGAAUUGCUCAAGUCUUUUCAGUAGUAGAAUGAUAGGAUUAUUUGGUCUUCCACCGCGUUGUAAUAAAAUAUGAAGAACAUGGGAUUAUGUGUGAAGUGGUAAUGUAGAUUCUAGGUUGAUGAGAUAGUUUUUAUGUAUACUUUGUUGAUAGUUAACCAACACUUAGACGUGGCUCUGAUUCCCUAAUCGUUUAGGGAUACGUAGGACCAGGGAUCCUCCCUCUCGAGCUAUAAUUUUAGUAACUCUACAUUUUAAAUAAGUGUAUUUGUUAUAGUGUAUAGGUUAUAUAGCUAGUGUAUUAGGCUUGCACGGGCUGAAUAUAUGAUGAGUUAGUGUUAGCCUGUGCGCCGGUCAUGAUCUGAGAUUGGGUCGUGACAGUAGUUUUUAUAAACUAAUUAUUCUGGUUUUUAUCGGUGCAAUUGAAUUUACAGCUAGAUAAUGUCUGAACUUAAAAUCGAAUCUAUUUGGACUGGAAUUCGGUAUAUGUUACAAAACGUUCGUAAUGUUUGUUGAAUUUGAGUCUCUAACCUUCUUUUUUCUUUGUAAUACCUGUACUUCUGCAUAAUAAUAAUAAUUAUAAUCUUACAAAACUUAACUGUUUUAGAAUGAUAAACUUAAGAUUUAAUUGCCAAGACUUGAAUUGUACACAACAGGUACAAGCUUGGCGCUUAAGUGAUGCAAGCUGAUAAUUACUUAAAUUGUUCUUGUGGCUACAUUAAAUUAUUGUGUAAUGUGUAUUUUAGAACCUUAAAGAGAAGUAUUGAAAACUUUCAAAGUGUUUGGUUACUAGGAACAAGGCUUAGAGUUUAGAACUUGAAUGAUUUGUAGAAAGCAAGCAUGAUUCUGUUUUCUAUAUAAUUACUGAUUUUUCAGUUUUGGAUGAGUAUUUAUCCUUAAUUUUGGUAUAUAUUAUUUAUGGAAGGCCAAAUGCAUUCAGAGGUCCUUUAAGUUUUACGUUUGUAACAGAUAUGUCCUUUAAAUUUUGUAGGUAACAAAUAGGUCCUUUAAGUUUCUAAUUUAUUGCACCGUUACCGUUCAAUUUAUUCUCCGUUACAAAACGCUGAAGUAACUUAGCGAGAUGGUAGUGAACACUACGUUUUGGCUUCCAAAUAACAAGAAGCAGUGUUUUAGUGCCAUCUUACUAAGUUAACGGUUAUGUCAGCGCUUUUGUAACGGGGGCUGGAAGUGUAACGAUGCAAUAAAUUAUAAACUUAAAAGGACCUAUUUGUUACCUAAAAAACUUAAAGGACCUAUUUGUUACUUAAUAAACUUAAAUGACCACCCACUUGGGGUGGUCUAGUGGUGUUGGCUUUGGACCUAUUCUCCUGAUGUUUUCACUUAUAGUACUUUAAUUAGUGGUUUUUGCAUUGUCGGUAAAUUGAAAGAAGCAAUUGAUUUGUUUAACAAAAUGGUUCUGGAAAACAUCAACCCGAAUAUGUAUACCUUUAAUAUACUGGUUGAUGCUUUUCUAAACGCUGCAAA